UGGUGGUGGUGGUGUUGUUGGUGGUGGUGGUGAUCGGUGGAAGGUGGAAAAGUAUCGGAGGAUCGGAGGCGAGCAGCAUCCGCAGACGCGUUCUCGCGAGGCGCGGCUCUGUGGGUCAGUGCCCCCUCUGUCGGCUCGAGCCUCUCGUGUUCACUUGACUUUCCGCGGCGACGAGCAAAAAAGCAGCGAAUAAAAAAGAAAACGCCCACACCUUCGAGGCAUCCUUAAUCCGAUUUCGAGCCGAGCCCGAAUCAGAAGUCCGCCGAGAAGAACACGGACGAAGGAACGAGCUGAUCGAAAAGAGAGGAGGGAGAGAAAUAGAGAAACAGAGAAAGAUCGGAAAGCAUGGAACCCGUUAGCGAUCGGGACAACUGGUCGGCCGCUCGUUGACUUCUUGAGGUUCGGUUUGGUACGAAUAUGUCGAGCGCGUAAAGAGCCACGUACCAGGGGAAAGAUGAACGUGCGACCGACGAUGAGGAAGAAGAACGAGAGGUAGUAUCAAAGGAACAGCGAUACUUUUAUGUCGUCGGACGAGAGAGGGAUUUAGGUAAGGAAGGGGGCGCGUUCGAAGGGACAGAAGAGAUGAUCAUUCGAAGAUCGAUGGUCCUAGCCCUGGUCCUGGGACUGUUGUCGGUGGACCAAAAUGGCGGCCAGCCGAACGACCAGGAAACUCACGCGUCCGACUACUUCUCUCACAAGGGUCUAUCAUCCGAAAGAGUGACUCGAUUGGUGCCACGACGAUCGCCGAUGUUACCGCAGGACAGCGCGGCGAUGGGCCUGGCGAUGCAGAGCAGGGCUGUCGACACGAGAGUUCAACUGGAGGUCAGAGAAGGCGAGCCAAAGGGGACGCUGGUUGGCCUGAUACCCGUCAAGCCUGGCUUCACUUACAGAUUCAACGAACCGCCGCAGGAAUUUGUGCUCGAUCCGGAAACUGGCAAGAUCAGAACGGCCAAAGUGCUCGACAGGGAAGCGUUGAGCAGCGACAGGUUCGACCUGGUCGUGUUGUCCAGCCAGCCGACUUAUCCGAUCGAGGUGAGGAUCCUCGUGUUGGACAUCAACGACAACGAUCCGGAAUUUCCGGAGUCGAGCAUAGCCGUCAGUUUCUCGGAGUCGGCAGUGGUCGGGACGAAAUUGUUGCUGGACGCUGCCACAGACAAGGACACGUUGGAGAACGGCGUGGUCGACGAUUACUACAUCGUGGACGGGAACACCGACGGGAAGUUUCGUUUGGAGGUGACCGGAAAUCCGGCCGGUGAAACGUCUUACCUCCAUUUGGAAACCACAGGGAAACUGGAUCGCGAACAGGUAGAAUUUUACUCGUUGAACGUCUGCGCAAGGGAUAGAGGCCGACCACCGAGGUUAGGCUACCUUCUGGUAAACGUGACCGUGUUGGACGUCAACGACAAUCCACCGAUAUUCCAACAGAGCGACUACGUAGUCGCUUUGAACGAGAGCGCACCGGUAGGCACCAGAGUGUUGACCGUUCACGCCAUGGACAAGGAUUCCGAGGACAAUUCCAAGCUGACGUAUUACCUGCCGGAUAGCGAAAGGCAGUUCACGAUCGACCCGGAAACGGGAACGAUAACGACAGUCGAGCCUUUGGACUGUCCGCAGCAAAGUUGCACGAUCGCUGCGCGUCUAGGCGACGGUUGUCCAAAGAGCUGCGUCAUAACGGUGUUCGCUCGAGAUCACGGCUCGCCGAGGCAGGAUGGCCGGACCUACGUAACGGUGAAUCUAUUGGACGCGAACGACCACGAUCCUGAAAUAAAGUUCAGCUAUUUCCCGUCCACGCCAGGAUUCGCCACCGUCGACGAGAACGCUGCCAAGGACUCGAUUGUGGCCGCGGUCGCUGUCAUCGACAACGACGAGGGCCUAAAUGGCGAGACCACCGUAGAAAUUCGUGCUGGCAACGAAUUGGGCCACUUUCGGCUCGACAACACCCCUAGCUUCGACAUAGUUCGCGUGAACGGCCGUCUGGAUCGCGAGGAGAUACCGAAGUACAAUUUGACGGUGGUAGCGACCGAUAAAGGAACGCCGCCGCGUUCAGCAACUGCCUACCUCGUGAUCCAUGUGAACGACGUUAACGACCACGAGCCGGUGUUCCAACAGAGCGAGUACUCCGCCGUGCUGUCGGAAUUAUCGCCAACCGGCAGCUUCGUCGCUAGCAUCUCUGCUACAGACGCCGAUUCCGGGCUGAACGCGAGAAUUUAUUACGACUUCGACUCGGGCAACGAGCAAGGUUGGUUCGCGAUCGAUCAAGACACCGGCCUGGUCACCACCAUCGCCACUCUCGACAGAGAGGUGCAAGGAAGCAUCGAGCUGCACGUGUCUGCCAGAGACGGUGGCCCGAAUCCAAAGUACGCGUCCACUCACCUCAAGGUCACGAUCCUCGACGAGAACGACGAAGCGCCUCGAUUCUCGCAGAACGUCGUCCGAGUUACGCUGUCGGAGAAUACACCAUCGCAGAGUCUGGUCGCCACGCUGACGGCAGUCGACAACGAUCAAGGAACGAACGGCAGCGUCGCCUACAGUUUUCACUCGAGCGUGUCCAGGAACUAUCCGAAAACGUUCGCCUUGGACGGACUGACAGGACAGUUAACGACGAAAGUGAACCUGGAUCGCGAGACCACCGCCGAAUAUCGGAUUCUAGUGAUUGCCAAGGAUCAAGGGACACCGCCGCAAUCGUCCACGGCGACGGUGAUAUUAAUCCUGGAGGAUGUUAACGACAACUCACCGGUUUUUUACCCGUGGCGAUAUCUGAUGCCCAUACCAGAAGACGCCCCGCCAGGAACAUCGGUGGGUAAGGUGAUGGCGACCGAUGCCGACGCGCGAGAAAACGCUCAGGUGAGAUACUCGUUGGAAUCCGGUGGUGAAGGGCUAUUCACCGUGGACGAAAGAACUGGCGAGAUCACCCUUCAAGGUUCGCUCAGAGCGGCUCACAAGACCUUGUACGAGUUGAACAUAUCUGCGAAGGACACCGGCGACAGAACUGCCGGUCGGAACGCUUUGGUGGAGAUCAUCCGCGAGGAGGACUUGGAACACUUGGAGUUCGACGCGUAUAACGGGUACGAGUUCAGGAUAGCCGAGGAUAGGGGAGAAUGUGACACGAUGUCGAACGUAUUCGCGCGGGAGGUGGGUGCUGUGCAGAUCGCGCAGUACAGCAACGCCAAGAUCUCGUAUGCGAUCGUGUAUGGCGAUCCGAAAGGUAGCUUCAAGAUAGACGAGAGCACGGGCACGAUCAGCACGUCCGGAUGCUUGGAUCGGGAACAGGUGGCUUACUACAGUCUGCAAUUAUCGGCCAGAGCUGGACUCGCUUACGGGCAAACGUCCGUGAAUGUCACAGUGCUGGAUGUGAACGACAACCCACCGAGAUUUCCCAAGGGCGAGAUCGGUGACGAGGUGUCACUGAAGGAGAAUGCAGCGGUGGGACAGGAAGUGUGCCUAGCUCGCGCGAAAGAUCGGGAUGCCAGCGCGAAUGCGAGGAUCGUCUACUCGUUGACUCACAAUCCCGGAGGACAGUUCAGGGUAGCGGAGAAUUCCGGAAUCAUCUACCUGGACAAGCCGAUACGAGCAGCGCCGGGUACAGUACUGCACUUGGAGGUAACCGCGACCGAUUCCGGAAAUCAACCGCUGUCCGCUCAGCACCAAGUCAGGGUAACGAUCGAAGACGUGAACGAUCACACGCCAGUGUUCAAGCUGACCAGCUACGAGACCUCUCUGCUGGAAUCGACGCCAGUGAACGACAGAUUCUUCUCCUUAACGGCCGUCGAUGUGGACCUCGGUGCCAACGGCCGUGUGUUGUACAGCAUAACCGACGGAAACACCGAGGAUCGGUUCGGUAUAUUUCCGGACGGUCAGCUGUACGUGAAGAACGUUCUGGAUCGGGAGGAGCUGGACUAUUACGCGCUCGAGGUAACAGCUACCGAUCAGGGUAGCCCGUCGAGAAGUUCGGUAGUGCCGGUGGUCGUGCACAUAAUCGACGAAAAUGACAACGCGCCGGAAUUCACCAAUUCGAGCUUCGUCCUCCACCUACGCGAGAACGAGCCACCGGACACGUUCGUCGGGAAAUUAUUGGCCACUGAUCGGGACGUGGGUCGCAACGCUGAUCUCGUCUUCUCCCUGCCGACUAGCCAACAGGACUUCACCGUCGACCCCAGGAACGGUUUCAUCAAGUCCCUCCGUGUGUUCGACCGAGAGUUACUGGUCACCAAUACCGGUAGCAGCUACGUCACCUUGGAGGCCACUGUCACCGACAACGGGGCGAACCGACUCCGCGAUCGAGUCAAAGUCGUCAUCUACGUCACCGAUGUCAACGACAAUAUCCCGCAGUUUCAGAGGCUGCCGUACAGAGUGCAGGUGAACGAGGGCGCCGCGAUCGGGACGCAGCUGUUGCGAGUGUACACAACGGACGUUGACGAAGGACUGAACGGCGACGUGUUCUACUCUCUGGAGGAUGGUAACCAGCACGGCCGAUUUGCCAUAGACGAGGCGACCGGGCAAAUCUCGCUGACGAAGGAGCUAGAUCGCGAGACCACGGAUACGUACGUGUUGACGGUGGUGGCGCACGACGCUGGUCUCGAGAUUCGUCUGUCCUCGAGCACGACCGUGCACAUCGAGGUGCUCGACGAGAACGACAACGUGCCGCUGUUCGUCGACGACAAAUCGAGCAUUUCCGUUCUCGAAACGACGCCGACUAACACCGAGUUGCUUAGGUUCAGAGCCACCGAUAACGAUCUGGGACCGAACAGCGAGUUAACAUUCGCGAUAUCUGCCGGCAAUAGGAGGGACACGUUCUACAUCGAUCCUCUGACAGGCACGUUGUACCUGAGAAAGCCCCUGGAUUACGAGGAGCUGGAAAAGUACACGUUAAACGUCACCUGCAGCGACGGUGGUCACCCGAGGUUGAGCUCCGUGACCACGUUGAUCGUCGAAGUCAUCGAUGCCAACGACAAUCCGCCGGUGUUCCCGAAUACGGCGAUAGCCAGGCAGAUCCGAGAGGGGAUCUUGGUGCACACGCCGAUAGUGACCAUCACAGCGGAGGAUCCGGACUCGAACGAGAACGGCGUGGUCACAUACUCCAUCGCUAGUCAAGAUCCGGAGGAUCAGGUGCGAAGAUUCGGUAUAAAUCCGUCGACCGGCGUGAUACACACUUUGCUGCCGAUCGAUCGCGAGGAGGUGGACACGUACAAGUUGGUGGUCGUGGCGACAGACAGCGCUCAGCCACCAAGCGCCAGGCUAUCAGCCGAGAAGUUGGUGAUCGUCAUCGUCGAGGAUAUCAACGACAACGCGCCGAUCUUUGUCAGCAUGUCCGCCGUGGUCUUGCCAGUGAAGGGGAACUAUCAGUACCAGAAGGAGAGCACGGUGACGCAAUUGGUUGCCAGAGAUCUCGACUCGAGUACGAACGGUUUGGUCACCUACGAGCUGCUUAGAUCGAGCGUCAACUAUCCGGACAUGUUUCGAAUUCACCGGAACACGGGCCAGUUGACGAUGCGGCUGCCACGUUCCUUGAAGAACAAUUUCGAACGUGUGUCCAAGUACCAGGUGGGGAUCCGCGCGACGGACGAAGCCGUUCAGGCGGAACGAAGAUCCACGGAGACCUAUUUGACCCUGAUAGUGCCCGGUGAGGAUGGGGACGAUCAGCCAAUAUGGGAGCAUCGUGGACAAAUCGAGGGGAGCGUGUACGAGAACGAACCGAUCGGCACGAGCAUUUUGAGAGUGAGUGCCCGUAGUCGUAGAUCGAACAUCGAUCUGGAAUACUACGUGACGAACGUGACCGCUGGUAGCGGCGGCCCGCAGGUCGACAGAUUGUUCGACGUCGACACGAAGACAGGUAUAUUGUCGACGGCUGCCGCGCUGGACAGGGAAACAGGAAUCCAGUGGUACGAGGUGGAGCUGUACGCCAUCGGUGUUGGUGGUACCAGGCCCAGUACGACGUCCACCAAAGUUCGCGUGACGGUUCUAGACAAGAACGACGUGGCACCAACGUGGGGCAGCGGCACCUGGAAAUUCAAAAUCUCCGAGGAGGCGCCGCCCAACACCGUCGUCACCGUCCUGAAAGCGUUCGAUCCGGACACGAUCGGUACCCUGACGUACACUUUGGUACCAAAUCAUCGUGCCGUUACCAGCCCCGGUCUCGCCGAUGACGAGGAGACCCAGUGUCAGUUUAGGCUUCAUCCGACCACGGGACAACUGACGCUCGCGGAGGCCCUCGACAGAGAGGCCAGAGAGAAAUACGUCCUGAAAGUUCGAGCCGAUGAUGGAUUGCAGCACACGGACAUCGCGUUAACCAUUCAGGUGACCGACACGAACGACAAUGCACCGACGUUCCAGAGCACCGCGUACUCGUUCGACGUACCGGAGAACAUGCCAAGAGGAAGCCGAAUAGGUCAGGUCGUCGCCACGGACGCAGACGCCGACGGACCUAACAGUCAACUGAGCUAUACCCUCAUUUCCGAUUGGGCCAAUGACGUCUUUUCUCUGAAUCCUAGCACCGGCGUGUUCACGCUGACGGCCAGCCUCGACUACGAACAGGUGCAGCACUACAUUCUGGUAGUCCAGGCGACAGACGGCGGCAUCCCGGCGCUCUCCUCCACGGUGACGGUCUACUGCAACGUUGUCGACUUAAACGACAACGCGCCGAUCUUCGAGGCCGGCCCACACGCCGCGGAUAUCGUCGAGAAUACGACGAUCGGCACAUCGAUCCUAUCCGUGACCGCCCAGGACCUCGACUCCGGAGAUAACGGCAGGGUAAUUUACGCUGUCGCCGGCGGUGACGAGAACGGUGACUUCGGAGUGGCACCAAACGGCACCCUUUUCACUCGGAAGUUGCUCGACAGGGAACAAAAGCCACUUUACAAUUUGAUCCUCAGCGCCACGGACAGCCCUUUGCCACCUGCCCUCCCUUUGUCUUCCACCGUGCAGGUGACGGUGGUGUUGCUGGACGUGAACGACAUGUCGCCGGAGUUCAUAUCGCCGACGAAGAUUUCGAUAAUAGAGAACGCACCGAGCAACACGGUAGUGAUGGCGAUUAAGGCGGUGGACAGGGACGAAGGACGAAACGGAUACGUGGAGUACUCCCUCGAGGACACGACGCUUCCCUUCACCGUUGGCCCCGUAGAUGGACUAUUGCGCGUAUCUGGCUCGUUGGAUCGCGAAUUAAGGUCAAACUACACCUUGGAAGUAACCGCGAAAGACCGCGGUGAACCACCGAGAUCGUCCUCGACCACAGUCACUGUCACGGUCCUUGACGAGAACGACAAUUCGCCGGUGUUCGAUCCGCGGCAAUAUUCAGCCACUGUCGCUGAGAACGCCAGCAUCGGCGCCAGCGUACUCCAGGUGUCGGCGAUGGAUCGCGACGAGGGCGCGAACGGAAGGGUGAGAUACAGCAUCGCGAUGGGCGACGACAACCGAGACUUCACCAUCUCGGAGGACGGCGGUGUGAUCCGAGUGGCAAAGAAUCUCAACUUCGAAAGGAAAUCCAGGUACUACCUGACGAUAAGGGGGGAGGAUUGUGCCUCAGAAGUGGGGGAAACACCGCGGGGUGACACCGCCCAGGUCACCGUCACUGUCCUCGACAUAAACGACAACGCGCCUGUUUUCUUGGACUCGCCCUACCUGGCGCACGUUAUGGAGAACAUGGUACCACCCGGAGGUGGAUUCGUGAUACAGGUGAGAGCUUACGACGCUGAUACACCGCCUUACAACGACCAAGUGAGAUACUUCCUGAAGGAAGGUGACACGGAUUUGUUUCGAAUAAACGCGAGCACCGGCGACAUUUUUCUGCUUCGGCCGCUCGACAGAGAACUGGUACCAGAAUACACCCUGACACUGGUGGCCAUGGAUACUGGUUCUCCGCCUUUGACUGGAUCGGGUAUCGUUCGAAUCGUCGUGCUCGAUGUCAACGAUCACAUUCCGGAAUUCACUAGGCAGGAGUACAGGGCGACGGUCACCGAAAACUCGGCUUCCGGGACCUGGGUCACGAAACCUCACGCUACGGACAAAGACGAGGGCCUCAACGCCAAGAUAAGGUACAGUUUGCUGGGAGAGAAUUCGGAACGUUUCACCGUGGAACCGGAGACUGGUGACGUGUUCACAGUGGUGCCGCUCGAUCGGGAACAAACCUCGGUGUAUCACUUAACUUUGGUCGCUCAGGAUUCGAGUCCUACGGAACCGCAAGCCUCCGCCGUCAAUUUGACCAUCUUUGUGAAGGAUGUGAACGACAAUGCCCCGAGAUUUUCUAGUCCAAGAUACACUGCCUACGUGCCAGGCGCAACCAAACCAGGGGAUUUCGUGUUCGGCGCGAAAGCGGUGGACGACGACGACGGAGAGAAUUCCCGGAUCGUCUAUCGUCUCCAGGGGAUCGACGCGGAGAGGUUCGCGAUCGAUUCGAACAGCGGCGUGAUAAGGACGACGCAGGAAUUGGCCAAUGACGAAACCACCUACCAAUUGCAAAUCCAGGCGUCCGAUUGCGGCGUGAAGCCGCAAUCGGUCACCGCGGAUUUGGUGAUACAUCUCUGGGAGAGGCAGCUGUUCCCCAGCUUUCGUUCGACCAUCAACACCAGGUUCACACUGCCGGAGGACGUGCCGGAGGGCCGGGUGAUCACGAAGUUGAGCGCGACCACGCCGAAAGUUGGCACCGCGAGCAAUCUCGUUUACGGGAUGGCUGGCGGUAACGUCGGCGACGCGCUCAAGAUCGAUCCUCACACUGGCGAGGUGUUAGUCGCGUCUGGAUUCGAUUACGAGACCGCGCCGCACUACGAAGCCUGGGUGGAAGUUCGCGAUUCCGACACACCAGCACUCAGGAGCGUGGUGGAACUGUUUGUGAACGUCACCGACGCGAAUGACAAUGCCCCGAUAAUGGAGGCGCCGAUUUACAACGCCACGGUGCCCGAGGACGAGUAUCCGCCACUGUUCGUCAGCAAGGUAUCGGCGAAUGAUCGCGAUUCAGGAGAGAACGGGCAGGUGUCUUACCACCUGGUCAACGAUUUCGCCGAGACGUUCAUCAUCGACUCUGACACCGGGGAAAUCAGCACCAAUGCGAAACUGGACCGCGAGGAGAUCGCUUCCUACGAGUUGAUCGUGGAGGCACGAGAUCAGGGACAGCCCUCCCUCACAGGCACAACGACUGUCCUGCUCACCGUGCUGGACAAAAACGACAAUCCACCGCAGUUCACGCGGCUGUUCAGCGUGAACGUCACGGAGAACGCGGAGAUCGGCACGUUCGUCAUAAGGAUCACGAGCAGCGACCCGGACAUCGGGCAAAACGCCAACGUCACCUACAGGUUCACGGAAAAUCCCGGGCAGAAGUUCGCCAUGGACGCUCUGAGUGGCAACGUCACCGUGGAUGGACAUUUAGACAGAGAGGAACAGGAUGAAUAUCUCUUAAAGCUGGUGGCAGCGGACGGAGCCUGGCAGGCAGCGACCGCCCUCACAAUAACUAUCCAAGAUCAGAACGACAAUCCGCCGGAAUUCGACGAGGUGUCUUAUCACUUCCACUUCCCCGAGCUGCAACCACCUGUUGCGCACGUAGGCCAAGUAACCGCGAUCGAUCGCGACAAACAAGGCCCCAACUCCGUGAUAUCCUACAGCCUGUUGCAACCGUCCGACCUGUUCACCGUUGACCCGGCCACCGGCGACGUCUUCAGCAAGAAGACACUCAAGUACAAGCACACCCAUCGUCCCUCCUCGCCGGAGAAUCUCUACUCGCUGACGGUGGUAGCCACCGACAAUGGAAAGCCACCCCUCUCGUCGAAGACGGUUGUCUACGUGAACGUCGUCGACGCGAACAACAACGCGCCGAGAUUCGAGCAGAGAUCCUACCUCUAUCCGGUGCCGGAGAACUACGCGGUUGGCAAACGAGUGGUGCAGUUAACAGCGAAAGACGACGCCGACUUCGGCGUGAACGCAGAGGUCAGCUACUCGCUGGAAGACGUGAACAGCACCGAGUACUUCUCCAUCGACGAGAAGUCCGGAUGGGUGUACGUGCGAAACUCACUGGCCAACGUGCCAGUGGGGACGACGUUCCUGUUGAAGGUGCAGGCGAUCGACAGAGGUGUACCACCGCAGAGGGACCAGGUCUCGUUGACUCUGGUCAUAUCGGGCGAGAACAAACACGCGCCGACUUUCGCCGCUGUUAGCCACCAGGUCAGAGUACCGGAGAACGAACCCGUCAACACUACUAUUUUGACGGUGAGCGCCACCGACGGUGAUGACGGGCCAAACGGUAUGAUAAGGUACAAAAUAUCGGCGGGGAACGAGAAGAACGAGUUCUUCGUGCACUCGAUCACCGGGGCGGUAACUAUACUCGAGCCACUGGAUUACGACCUGGUGCAGGAGUACAAGUUGAACAUCACUGCCACCGAUCUGGGAUUCGAGCCGAAGCAGGCUGUCGCCAUAUUAACCGUGAACGUUUCUGACAUCAACGACAACCCGCCGACGUUCAACCAAAGCGUCUACCAGGCCUACCUGCCUGAGAACUCUCCGCCAGACAGUUUCGUUUACAAGGUGAUCGCUCGAGACAUCGAUUCACCAAAGUACGCGGUGAUCCAGUACAAAAUCCUCGGUGGCACAGGCAAGGAUCACUUUCGCAUUCGCGAGGACACCGGCGAGAUCACCUCCCUCAUCAGUUUCGACUACGAGGAGGCGAACGAGUACACGUUGGACAUCGUCGCCGCGAAUCCAGACUCGAAUCCGCAAAUGGUCGGCUUCACGACCGUUCUCGUGCACGUGACAGGGGUAAACGAGUACUACCCCAAGUUCAUCCAGCCGGUGUUUCACAUGGACGUGUCGGAGAGCGCGGACGUCGGCACGUCGGUCGGUCUGGUCCAGGCAACCGACCAGGACGCGGGCGAGGACGGCAAGGUCUACUAUCUGUUCGUCGGCUCGUCGAACGACCGCGGUUUCUCCAUCGGCUCCGAGACCGGUAUAAUUCGUGUCUCGCGGCGGCUGGAUCGUGAAACGCAGAACAGGGUGGUGUUGACCGUGAUGACGAAGAACGGCGGUGGGAUUCGGGGCAACGACACAGACGAGGCGCAGGUGAUCGUCUCGAUUCAGGAUGGUAACGAUCCGCCGGAGUUCCUUCAGAGCGCGUACGACGCCACGGUGUCGGAAGGCGCGGCACACGGAACGCGAGUACUGACUGUUCGAGCGGUCGACAAGGACAUCAAGCCGCAGAACAAUCAGUUCUCGUAUUCGAUCAUCGGCGGGAAUAUAGGCCAGGCGUUCAAGGUGGACCCGCAGACCGGUGACAUAGAAACGGCGAAGCAACUGGAUCGCGAAACGAUCCCGGUGUACGAUUUAACGAUCGGUGCGAUCGACACCGGUUCACCGCCGCAGACUGGCACCGCGGCCGUUCACAUCGAACUGUUGGACAUCAACGACAACGGUCCUAUCUUCGAUCCACCGGAGGUGCUCGGCUACGUGAAUGAAAACGAGCCGGCUGGCACGGUCGUGAUGACACUGAGCGCCACCGAUCCUGACUUACCGCCGAACGGGGCGCCGUUCACGUACAAGUUGGUCGGCGGAAGGCAGAGCGACAUGGUCACUUUGGACAAGCACACCGGCGUGCUGAAAACUACGAGGAGUUUGGACAGGGAGGCCAUGCCGCAGCUGGACCUUGUGAUCGAAGUGGAGGACUCCGGUAUACCGAGAAUGAGAAACGAGCACACGAUAACCGUGAUCGUGACGGAUCAGAACGACAGUCCAUCCUCACCGAGAUCGGUUCACGUGAUAGUGCACUCUUUCAACGAACAGAUACCAUUAGGAAAGAUCGCCGAUGUACACCCCAACGAUCCAGACAUCACCGGUAGCUACACGUGCAAGAUACUUCAAGGAUCGAAUCCUAAAAUUCUCAGUAUUCCCACCGCUUGCGAUUUACACACGAAGAAAAUAACUCCAGGAGUCGGCUACUCUUUAAGCGUGUCUGGAAACGACGGCCGCCAUCCUAACGUGGUCUCCAAAGUCACAGUGGAAUUCCUCGUUUUCACCAACAGCACGAUCGAAAAUAGCGUGACGCUGCAGAUAGCGAAAUUAAACGCCAGGGAUUUUUUAAGCCAGUAUUAUCGCGCGCUAUUGGACGUUCUGCAAGAAGAAAUCGACGUUGGAGACACUCUUAAGAUCUUCAGUCUUGGAGAGAACGAAUCUGACCUGAAUAUCCACUUGGCAGUAGAAUCGCCUCAAGGAUACCGUAGCAAGUACGAGGUCACCGAAUUGCUAAACCGUAAUCGGGAGAAAAUUCGAUCGCUUCUCGAGGGAACGACAUUCACCGUUGGCUACUCGCCGUGCAAGCAGAUACCUUGCGAGAACGGAGGCUCUUGCAGCGACAGGUUGGUCAUCUACGACGACGCCAGGAUCACCGACAGCCAAGCGCUGAUCCUCACGUCGCCGAGAAUGAUGCACGAAAUGACCUGCAAGUGCCGGGAUGGCUUCACCGGCGACAAAUGCGACAGAAGACAGGAUCCUUGUUCUCCGAAUCCCUGUUUACUGGGAGGACAGUGUCGACGAAUGGGAUACGAUUUCCAGUGUACCUGUCCGAUCGAUCGCGAAGGGAAGCUAUGCGAGCUGGAGAGAGGCGAUGCUUGCGCGAGUAAUCCCUGCAGAAACGGUGGAUCGUGCAGAAAGAGUCCGGACAGCUUCAGCUUCUUCUGUUUGUGCCGAGCUGGCUACAGAGGAAACCAUUGCGAAGCGAUUACGGAUUCUUGCAGGCCGAAUCCUUGUCUCUACGGAGGUUUAUGCGUGGGAGAGAAACCUGGGUACAGGUGCAGUUGCCCAGAGGGCCGUUACGGAAGACACUGCGAACGAUCCACGUUUGGAUUCGAGGAACUGUCUUACAUGGCUUUCCCGGCAUUGGACUCCAACACGAACGACAUAACUAUCGUAUUUGCCACUACGAAACCAGACGCGUUGCUGCUGUACAAUUACGCGCCACAGGCGGGAGGACGUUCGGAUUUUGUCGUGCUGGAAUUGGUGGACGGAAGGGUGGUGUUCUCGUACGGAGGUGCAAGAAGCGCCAUCACUUCGAUCACCAUAAAAACGGAGAGCUCCGUGUCGGACGGUGAAUGGAGGAAGGUAACGGCAACCAGAAACGGAAGGGUAGUGUCCCUGAGCGUGUCCAUGUGCAGGGAACACGGCGACAUCUGCGACGAUUGCAAACCAGGCGAUGGCACUUGUUACGCGGACGAUGUCGGACCAACCGGGACCCUGAACUUUAACAACAAUCCACUCUUGGUGGGAGGAUUGGAAAAUGCCGAUCCAGUCCUCGAGAGGCCAGGGCAAGUGCACUCCGACGAUUUCGUCGGAUGCGUCCACUCGGUUUCCAUAAAUGGAAGAGCCCUGAAUCUAUCGAAUCCACUAGCAUCGCGCGGAGUGAAAUCCACCUGCGUCAGAUCGAAGAGCAACCCUUGCCUGAGAGGUGGCAAGGACUCGAUCUCUACCUGCGGCGCGAAUUCCAAUUGUUACGACAAAUGGCAUCAGGUGUCAUGCCGGUGUGGAUCUGUAAUCGCGCCAAAUUGCGAGGGCGCGCUCGAACCGAUCACACUGAGCGAGGGUGGAUACGUCGAGUUCAAGAUCUCGGAAAAGCACAGAAGGAUGCAGUUGCUGGAGUAUCUCUACAGAGGCUCGACGAUGUGGCAGAAGAACCGAGCGAAACGAACUGUCAGCGAGGACACCAGUUUCAUCACUAAUCCGUCACCCUUCAAAACGAUCGGUUUGAUGUUCAGAACAGUGAAGCCCGAUGGUAUUCUCAUUUACGCCGCGACCAACAAACAUUUCACAUCGGUGGAGCUGCGCAAUGGCCAACUAUUUUACUCGUCGCUUCUCGGCUCGCCGGUGAACAUGACCGCGAGCAUCGAGGGAGGUUUGGCGGAUGGCCACUGGCACAACUUGACCUUGCACUCCUACCUCCGAGGCUUGAGAUUGUUCGUCGACGGCGUGCAAACCGGCGAGGAGCUGGAUCCUGUCAGUGUCCACGAUUUCCUCGACCCGUAUCUGUCCGUGUUAUCGAUCGGUGGGGUUAGCCAAGACCUGUACUACGCACACAGCGCUGGCGCUAGGAGUUUCGAGGGUUGUUUGGCCAACUUCACCAUCAACAACGAGGUCCAGCCGUUCAAUGGGUCCGGCUCGAUCUUCAAGGAGGUGGUCUAUCACGCGAAGGUGAGCACCGGUUGCAGAGGGCCGAUUGGAAUCAGCGCGGCGGCCACUGCCGAUCCUCUCAGCAUAGGGAUCACUCUGGUGAUAGUGUUCUUCGUCAUUCUGCUGAUCGCUAUACUGGUCAGUUUCAUCGUGUUCCGUCUGAGGCGACAGAACAAGGAGAAGUCCGCCCCGUCGGUGGUGAACAAGAACACCAACGCGAUAAUGACCGGCAACCCGUUAGUUGGCUCCGGUAACGAUAACCUAAUGUCCCGCCACGAGAACACCUACAUCUCCGACACGUCGGACUUGCGAGGAGUGGGUCACAUGGGUCCGGAGUUAAUCUCGAAGAAGUACAAAGAACGGGAGAUCAACGCGACCUCGGAACAUCGGCCGCAGAGGCCGGACAUCAUCGAGAGAGAAGUGACGAAGUCACCGCCCAUUCGUGACGAACAUCCACCGCUUCCGCCGCCCGCUCAAACCUCACUGCAUUCCCACGAACACAACCCGGAGCCGGACAUGCCCGAGCAUUACGACCUGGAGAACGCGAGCUCGAUCGCGCCGAGCGACAUCGACAUCGUCUAUCAUUACAAAGGUUAUCGGGACGGCAUGCGGAAGUACAAAGCCACUCCUCCGCCUAUUAACAACUACGCGAACCACCACAAGCACACGGGCCAGCAACACAGGCACACAGGGCCGUUCCCACCGCGAGCGUUGCCACCACCGAACGUGAACCAACCGCCGGGCCCAACCCAGAAACUGUUACAAAGUACACCGUUAGCCAGGCUGUCGCCCAGCAGCGAGUUAUCCGCCCAGCAACCGAGAAUCCUCACGUUGCACGACAUCAGUGGGAAACCUCUGCAAAGCGCUCUACUCGCCACCACGUCCUCGUCCGGCGGCGUGGGCAAAGACGCUUUGAACUCCAACAGCGAACGGAGUCUCAACUCGCCGAUCAUGAGCCAGCUGUCCGGGUCAACGGCCAGCCGGAAGGCGCCUCAAUCGAACAACGAGAACUCCGUGAACAACGUGUCGUCCGGCCCGAUGGGAUUAACGGCGGAGGAGAUCGAAAGACUGAACUCGAGGCCGAGAACCUCGAGCCUCGUGUCUACUUUAGACGCGGUGAGCUCGUCCAGCGAGGCCAGAGGGCCACCGGCGCACGGCCCUCUGCAUCUUCACCGGCGGCACACGCCACCGGUCGAGAGGCUCGAACGUAGAAACUCGUCGACCACCGACGAGAGCGGUAACGACAGCUUCACCUGCUCGGAGUACGACAACACCUCGCUGGUCGGCGACAAACGAUCGGACAACCCGUUCGCGAAACAGGACGACGAGGAGGUGAAUCAACGUAGCAACGAGUCGUCGCAGACGACGAAACCGCCGCUGCCACCGAACGUGAACUACGACGGGUUCGACAGCUCUUUCCGCGGGUCUCUCAGUACCUUGGUAGCCUCGGACGAUGACUUGUCGACGCACAUGGGUGGACUGUACAGGCCGAACAACAGCGGAUCACCGUCGACGACCACCACCGCGUUAAGCUGGGAUUACCUGUUGAACUGGGGGCUGAACUUCGACAGUUUGGUCGGGGUGUUCAUCGACAUCGCCGAACUACCGGACAGUGCCAACCGCGUUCCGAGCACGCUCAGGCUACCAGCUAGUAUACCUAAGCCAUCCGAGGAGUACGUCUGAACCGUACACAAGACUGGACACACGCUAAGACUUUUUUUUUUUUUUUCUUUUAACCAGUAACCGAAUCGCUUGAAAGAAACCUCUUCUCUUUUCUUGAAAAUUGUGGGAAAUGCUCAAUCCAAAGUGCGCGCGAAUGGAAUACGCUUCAAUUGCCAAUUACGUAGGCCAUAAAAACGUGACGAGGAGGGACACGAGCGAUAGAGUAACGAAACGGACGGGUUUCAGGAUUGCGAGGGAACGUUGUUGUAUUAUUUCUUUUUUUCUUUUUUUUUUUUUUUUUUUUCCACUGGGCCCGUUCGACAGCUCGAAAUUGGUGCUCUACCAAACAAUGUGUAACCGUUAUCUUGCCAUAAUAAGAGAAGAACUCGAGUUAUUCGUGAUCGUGAUUCUCGGACAAUCGUCUCGGACUCUCGUCUCGGCGAACUGUCGCGUCGAGAUGGAAUUGUGAAUUUGUAAAUAUGAUCGGCGAUCUUUCGAACGAGUGUUGAACGAGAAUAUACUUCAAACGUAUCGUAGUGACUAUACUUUUCAUCGAAUCUUGUGCAUCCGAGCAUCUCAGCUUGCGAUCACCUUAGCAGCACUUGACGAACUUUCGCUAUUAGCCACGAGUUCCAUUAUUUCGGGAAUUCGUCGCCGAUGAGAACGAUUAUUGUGCCACUGUAUCGCCAAUCACUAUAAAUAACUAUUAAGUACUAAGUUUCUUGUAAAUAGAGUAUCCCUUGACGCUCUGUGCCAGAUAACGACUCGAUACAGUCGCACAAUGCCAAAACGACGAUUAAACGUUACGUUUCGUCGAGAGUCAAGCGAUUUUUAACGAUUUUAAAGAGGGAAGGCAUCUUUUUUCUCUACGCUUUUUCUUGCGUUCCUGACGGUAGUCGUGUCGCACCUUACUCAAACGUUCAACGUUCCAUAAUAAUUUAAAUUUUUCAAACAUCAACUGUUGAUCAAUUUUCAGAUUCAUUUUAUUUUUUUUUUUUUUUUUUUUUCCUUCAUUUUGCAUUUCAUCGACAACGUUGGACAGAGUGCAGCUGCCAGACUGAUUUCCUUUUCCCCGCGAGGUUUCGAAGCGUUGUCAUUGAAUAACCAUCGAUAUCGUCAAAAUUUUGUAAAUUACGCGAAUGUUGCCCGUUGUAAAUAUCGUACGCCUGAUCUGUACAAAACGUGUGAAUGGACUUGCGUGUACCACUUUGUCAUCGAUCGUAUUUGUAAUAAACAAGACAUUUGUAAGAAAAAAAA